AUGGGGGGCUGGACCGGCUUCCUCAUCACCUACCUCCUAGGAGGCCUUGACCUCCUGCCCUUGGUGAUUCUCACCGUCUUCGCCCACGCCUACUUGACCCUCCGUACCGACAGGAUGCCGAAACGAAAUCGCGACGCUGUCGCCGACGCCGCCAACACUGCCGCUGGCGGUCCGGGCUCCAUCGUCCAGCCCGGCGACGACCUCACCGCUCUCGAGGCCGUGAAGGCCGCUGGCAAGGACGAUGCCACCGCGGCGGCCACGAAGCGCUCGGCGCAGAGAGUACACUCCAUGGGCAUCAACGCGAAGCCCAUCGAGAGGUCCACCCCGACCGGCUCGACUAACCGUCGCCACGCCGAGCCAGAGCGUCUAUCAGACCAUGUACAGGAGCAUAUUCGAGCGGAAACGACGCCAGGCCCCUUGGAUAACAGGAACGGGCUGAGCCAGCGUCCCAAAAACGCUGGCAAUGUCUUCUAUGUCGUACUGAGGUAUGCGACUCCAUUGCGAUCCGUUUGCAACUGCUCGUCUACUGCGAGACUAACCUGCACAGACACGGGCACUUGA